GAGAGAGAGAGAGAGAGAGAGCAGAGGCUGUUAUUCGUAUUUUAAGCCGUUACAGCUUCAAUCCACCUCCUCGAGCUCGAGACUACCGGAGACGCUCGCGCUGCCUCUCUCUGUUUCCCUGCACGAGCGCCGCGAUGCGCGAUGGGUCAGGCGUGCGGACACGCGCUCCUCUGCCGUAGUCAUCAGCACCACCCGGCGUCUGAGAUACGAGGACAGCAAGUCUUCCUAAGAGCUGAUGAACCGCCUGCGUCCUCACAUGCCUUUCAGGAUGCACUGCUGCGGCUGGCCUCUAUUGUUGAUGCCAGCAGCCUCCGGGCAGCCAUUAAAGAGACACUGGAGGCUGUGCUGCCGAAAGUGGAGAGUGUGUUCGUGUAUCUGCUGGAGGCCGAGUCUCAGAUGCGAUGUGAAGAUCCACCUCAUGACCUCCAUGCGGAAGGCAAGCUCAGGGAGGUGUUGGUGCAGAAGAAGAGAGCAGUGUGUGUCGGUCUGCCAUCCACAGAACUGCACGAGAAGCAGAGGACAAGCCUGGCAGCACCUCUCCCACCUGAGAAGCGAGUUGUGAUCCUUCCAUUGGUAGAUGAAGAUGAAGACAAGGUUUUGUCUCUCGUCUUGGUUUGCUGCCACCAGUUCACUGACCAGGAUGAGCAGAACCUUAAUCUUCUGGAGAAGCAUCUCAUCAUUGCCUGUAAAAGAGUCCAUAUGAUACAGAAGAGUGUGAACCGAUCCCACAAUGCACCACUAAGUGCAAACACCGCAAGUAAGAAGGAGAAAGACUACAGAGAACUGGACCGCAAGAUUCUACAGCUCUGUGGUGAGCUAUACGAUCUGGAUGCGGCAUCACUUCAGCUCAAAGUCAUCAACUAUCUACAGAAAGAGACCCAGUCUCAGUGCUGCUGUCUGCUGCUGGUGUCAGAAGAUAACCAUCAACUAUUUUGUCAGGUGGUUGGGGAUAAAGUUCUGGAAGAAGAGAUCAGUUUUCCUCUGAUGUUCGGACGCUUUGGGCAGGUGGUGGAGAAAAAGAAAUCCAUCACCUUACAGGAUGUUAGCCAGGAGGAGAGAAGGCAGCUGAGCAGUAUGUUGGGGUUUGAAGCUCAGUCAAUGCUCUGUGUGCCUGUCGUGAGUCAGGCUACUAGCCAGGUGGUGGCGCUAGCUUGCACCUUUAACAAGAAAGGAGGGCAGAAAUACUCAGCAGCAGAUGAACACAUGAUCCAGCACUGUUUCUGUUACACCUCCACAGUGCUCACCAGCACACUUGCCUUCCAGAAAGAGCAGAAACUAAAGUUUGAGUGUCAGGCUUUACUCCAGGUGGCCAAAAAUCUCUUCACACACCUCGACGACGUGUCAGUUCUGCUUCAGGAGAUCAUUGUGGAAGCUCGGAAUCUGAGCAAUGCUGAGAUAUGUUCGGUGUUCCUACUUGAUCGUGUCAGUCAUGAACUUGUGGCCAAAGUGUUUGAUGGUGGUGUAGUGAGUGAUGAUGAGAAGGAGUUCCGUAUCCCAGCGGAUCAGGGCAUCGCAGGUCACGUGGCCACUACAGGAAAAAUUCACAUUAAGGAUGCCUACUCACACCCACUGUUCUACCGUGGCGUGGACGACAGUACGGGUUUCCGCACACGCAACAUACUCUGUUUUCCCAUCAAGGAUGAGAACGGAGAUGUUAUUGGUGUUGCUGAACUGGUGAAUAAGACCAAUGGUCCAUGGUUUAACCGGUUUGAUGAGGACCUGGCCACAGCCUUCUCCAUCUACUGUGGGAUCAGCAUCGCCCAUUCCCUGCUGUAUAAGAAGGUACACGAGGCCCAGUUCCGCAGUCACCUAGCCAAUGAGAUGAUGAUGUACCACAUGAAGGUGUGUGAGGAGGAGGUGAGCCGCUUGCUAAUGAGAGGACUUCAGCCUGCACACAGCAUCCACUCGAGCUUCUCUCAGUUCACCUACACACCCCGCUCCCUGCCUGACGACACCACGCCCAUGGCAAUCCUGAGCAUGUUUGAGGAUAUGGGCUUUAUAAACACCUAUAAGAUUGACUUAAUAACUCUGGCCAGGUUCUGUCUGAUGGUGAAGAGGGGCUACAGGGAUCCGCCCUACCAUAACUGGAUGCACGCAUUCUCUGUCUCUCACUUCUGUUACUUGCUUUACAAGAACCUGAAGCUCAACAACUACCUCGAGGACAUUGAGAUCCUCGCACUCUUUGUGUCCUGCAUGUGCCAUGAUCUGGACCACCGAGGAACAAACAACUCCUUCCAAGUGGCCUCGAAAUCUGUUCUGGCUGCCCUUUACAGCUCAGAGGGAUCAGUGAUGGAGAGACAUCACUUUGCUCAGGCCAUCGCCAUCCUGAACACACAGGGCUGCAACAUCUUUGAGAAGUUCUCCCGAAAGGACUACCAGAGGAUGCUGGACCUGAUGAGGGAGAUUAUUCUGGCCACUGAUUUGGCUCAUCACCUGCGCAUCUUUAAAGACCUGCAGAAGAUGGCAGAAGCUGGAUACAAUCCAAAGAGCCAGACUCACCGCAGCCUACUGUUGUGCCUACUGAUGACCUCUUGUGACCUCUCGGAUCAGACCAAGGACUGGAAGACCACUAGGAAGAUUGCCGAGCUGAUCUACAAAGAGUUUUUCUCUCAGGGUGAUCUGGAGAAGGCGAUGGGGAACAGGCCCAGUGAGAUGAUGGACAGGGAGAAGGCGUACAUUCCCGAGUUACAGAUCAGCUUUAUGGAACACAUUGCAAUGCCCAUCUACAAGCUGCUGCAUGAGAUUUUCCCGCGUUCAUCAGAACUCUACGAGCGCGUUGCAGCGAAUCGCGAGCAGUGGACCAAAGUUUCACACAAGUUCAACAUCCGCGGUUUACCCAGCAACAACUCACUGGACUUCCUGGACGAGGAAUACGAGCUGAUGCAGGCACAGGGAGCGUUCGGUGAGGACGGUCACCGCAUGAACGGUUGCCUGGACGACGAGUGCAGCAAGACGGACCAGUGAAACGUUUGGAGUGUGAAACAGGUAGACAUUACGCCUUCGUGACGUCUACGAGAGGACGGCGUGGUAAACUGGGACGUGUUUGGAUGACCGUCGAGACACUGGAGUUUUGAUGCUAGAGCUGAUAUGCUGCAGAUAAUGAUGUCAUUUCCUGCCAUUGGAACCAUUUGUGCAAGCAGAACACUUCACUUGUCGUGGGGCCGGAGGCAGAGCCUCGUGAUCUCUUGUCGAAUAUUUCUUGAGAUAUGUUCUUUAAUUAUUUACUUAAUGUUUUGAUAGCUGAACAAAGCCUGAGUGUUUGAUUUUAUACAUAUUCUCUAUCCCGCUGUAAACAUUAUAAACGCCAUCCAAACGUAUAGGAGUGAGUUUUAAAAUGUCAUCGUCGCAAGCUAGCUCUUUAAUUUUACACACACAAUUGUUUUGUUUUCUUUUUGUAAAGACAAUCAACCCGUACAAGUCCUUUACCUCCCUUUUCACAUCCUCAUGAGUGAGACUUCACUUGAGAUGAAGUGAGAGUGUAGUGAAGGUCAACACACUCAGAGAGUUACUAAAACAUUCACACUAGUCACGUCAACAGGCUGAUUGUCAUGACUUUUGUCCCAGAUGUUCAAAUCUUUCUCCUCUAAAAGGCUGCAGAAAGUUUGGCCUCGAUCCCUCGUCCGGUCACAUGACUCAGUUCAGCUAAAAACUCUCAAAUGCACUCGUUUUUCCGUUCAGAAAUCCCACCCGAGCUCCAGUUGGAACGGCUUUGUUUAUGAGAUGAGAGAUUUAACCUGCUUUAACUGUGGAGUUCAGUGUUUAUCGUCACCAUUUGACCCAAAGACUUAAACUGUGUCCGAUGAAUUUUAAGGCCACUUCAGUACAAAUCUCCGGACUUUGGGAACCAGCCGAGGUCCGACGUCUUGUACAUAUAACGUUAUCAGAGGAAUAUUAAGGGCUACGGCGCUUUCCGAGGCACGUGAAGAGGUUUAUUUCUCAGGCGGAAAACAGAAUUAUGUAUAAAUAUGGAUUUGCCUUAACACAUAUGUGUUGCCUUUCUGAGUAGAGUGAAACACUGUAUAUACACACACACACAAACACACACACAGCUCAGCGUGUACAGGCGUUUUAACACGGGUGUGUAAGUCUAAAAGCCCCAGGACGAAUAGGAUUAUGAAUUAGAUUGCAGUAAUAACAGCUCUGUUUCCAGACACCAUGAGUGAGUGAGGUUUUCACACACAGUGUCUGAUUAAAUUGAAUGGUUUUGUAUAAACCAGCAUCUUUAUAUAUAUAUAUAUAUAUAUAUGUAUAUAUAUAUAUAUAUAUAUAUAUAUAUAUAUAUAUAUAUAUAUAUAUAUAUAUAAAGAAAUCAAAUUGAAUUCUGUCUAAAAAUAAAUAAGUAAAUUAAUAAAAAAUAAAAAUGUACAAAUUGUGAGAAGAAAAAAAAGUAUUUCGUUAAACUCUACUUAAAGGAUCAUUUACUUUUAGAAUCGUUAGAUUGAACAUAAUUAAAGGGUGCCAAGACUUUCUCACCUCCGUCAACACGGCUGCCACGUCAGCUUUCCACACGUGAUUUACUACUGAAAGCCACAAAACCAGUCGUAUAAAUUAUUUUCUGUACACAAUGCAUGAGCCAGACUUUUUCAGAUAUAUAUAUAUACAAAUAGAUAUUUAUUUUAAACUCCAAUAAUUUGAAACAAUUUUCUGUUUAAACACCGACUUGAAUUUUUAUGGUUUUAAUGAUUUGAUCCCGUUUCCUUCACGCCGUAGUUUCACACACAGGAUCGUGCGUUUUCAGCUUCAGCUCUCGUGUGCAACACGUCCUUCCUGCCACAUGUAAAGAUCAUGUUUUUAAACUAUUACUUUUUACUCGACGCGUUUUCUGCUAAUUUCUUCGUAUCUGUAGGUGGAAAUGAAAUUUUCCUUCUGGUUGUUUUUUGUUUGUUUGUUUGUUUUGUUUUGUUUUCUUCCUCACUAACACAUGAAGGUUUCUCUUGUGCCAAUGUGUCACUCUGAAAAACAAGACAGACUUUACUGUACAUAUGAAAUUAAAGAAAUGUUUCUCUAUUCUAUGUAAUUAACAGAUGUUUAAAAAAAAAAGCGAGAUAUUUUAUCUAUUUAAACAGAGCGUGUGUAACGACAAUAUUGCCGGUCUUUCUUCACUAUCAGUGGUUUUUCUUAGAUUUAGUGGCCUUCCUAACAUUUCUGCAGAAUUCAGAUAUUAAAAGGUAUUUAAAAGAAAAAGAAAAAAAAAAAGACGUUUAUAAUUAGACGUGUAAUGUAAAGUUAGGGCUGCUUAUGAUCUUUAAAAAAUAAAAAUAAAAAAAAGUUGAAAAACUUUAAGCAUAAAGUUUAGUUUGGGUUUAAAAAAAUUGUAAAAAAACAAACAAACAAAUGAAGAAACAAAAAAAACCUCAGUCACAUUAUCAACAUUUCACCUCCAGUUAGUUCCAAAAAGAGAUUAAUAAAUAAAGAAAAGAAAAAAAGAAAAAAAAAAAGAAACCACUGAUGAAUUAACGGAUGUUGUGGGAUUUCUGUGGCUCUGGUGAUUGUUUUCUUUCUGUUCUGUACUGAAGUGUUUUGCUGGUCGUGGCCUCGAGUGAACACUGUGUACAUAAUUGUACAGCUUCGAUCGUGUCUCUGAAAAGGACAAAAGGUCAGUUACAGUUAUCAUAAAUAUAUGAAUAUAAAAACUGCAGUGAAUUUUUUCCCCCCCAAAUAAAUGUCCUAAAACGGC